UGUUUCCUUAGUCUGUCAUCGUCGCGCGCGUAAAGUGGUGCUCUUUGUUAAAUAGAAAAGUAACCUCCUACGGGGUUACUAUUAUUUCCCACCUAAUGUAAAAAAUAUUAUUGUCAGCAUCCGACAGUGAACGUACCAUUGCUCUACUCAAUAAAUAAUAAAUAAUAACAAUAAUCGUUAUCAUUGAUAAUAAAAAUAUUUAUGCCAACAAUUAAAUAAGUAAAUAAAUAAAUAAAUAAAUAAAUAUGUACUGGUGUAAUUAAACAUCAGUUUAUUUAAAUAUCUCCAUACAUAUGUAUUGAGUAAAAUUGAAUUGAGUUGAAUAAAAAAAAAAAUACUCAAGUAAAUAAAUAAAAAACACAAGUUAAAGUGUACGUCGUUGUCGUUGAUAUGACCAAUGGCUCUGAAUAAAAGAGUUUCUGCGCGAUGCGCGUGGCGCGCUGCGUCGCAUAAUCUUGCGUAUCAGUGACCGUCAGUCAAUCGAGGCGGCAGUGGUGUGUUAAAAAAGCCCGCAACACGCUCUCAUGUGUGGUGGAAGUAAGCAAAAGCACGAUAUUAAACAGAGAGAGACAUAAGACAUUAAAUAAAUAAUAACCCAACAUAUUUUUUUUUUAAAUUAACUCGCGGUAAUAAAUUUAAAUACUGGACAAUUUGAAUUUUUGCGCGACAAAGUUUUUUUUUUUAAAUUUCUGUCAACUGUUUUUUUUUAAAAUUAAAUUUUUUUUUAUCAAUAACUCGAAUUGUUGUAUUGACACGCGAGUGCUGACUAGAGGAGUUGACUGCGGGGUAAAGAGAACGAGUUGUAAAAUAUAAAUAAUAGUAAUAAGUGAAGUAGGAAAUUUAAGUGGUGUAGAGGUAGAGAGGAAAUAGGAAUAGAAGUAGAAGUAGAAGUUUAAUUUGAAAAGUGUUGUGUGUGUGGACAGAUUGGGGAGAGGUCGUGUUUGUGUCGCGCGUGUACAGUCGGGAAAAAGAGUAAGGGAAUGAAAUGAGAAGACGUGGACAUCAUCCUAGUGAUCGUAGUCGUGUCGAGAGCUGCAUUGUUUCUGUUAAACUUGAAUAUUUAAAUACUGGUGACAAGCUCCUCCGUAAGCUUGCGGUCUUGUGGAGGCAACAAACAGACCGCAAGUGAAAGACCCGGGGAAAGGAGACUGAGAAAGAGAGCGAGAGGGAGGGAGACUGGAAAUCGACAGUGGGAAAGAGACCGAGUAAAAUUUAGAGCUAGAGCGCAAGAAGGCGGGCGAAGCUGGGGAAAUACAUAAUACAUAUUUAAAUAGAAAGACGUGAUUAUUUGAGUCUGUCCUAGAUCUUUAACAGGUGAAUGUUAAUUAAUUUUUGUUGCUUUGUUUUUUACAAACAGGUAUAAAUAUUUAAUGGUUUGAUAAUAAUUAGUAGUAAUUAUUGGUGUUUUAUAAAUUUAUCAAGUGAUUAUUGAGUGUUUUGUGUAAGUAAAAGUGUGUGUACAGAUAUAGUCGUGAUUAAGUUUUGUGUGGGUUGUGUACUUGUGCCGUGGCCCGGCCAUCAUGGCGAAUCCACGGAAAUUCAGUGAAAAGAUUGCGCUCCUCAACCAAAAACAGGCUGAGGAAACUGCUGCAUUUGAAGCCAUCAUGAGAGAAGUUUCCGAUGUUACUAGCAGGGUGGCGUCAGCAAGCAGUUCAGUAGGAGCAAGUCCUACUGGAAGUGGUGUACCAGAGACACCAUUGUCUGUGAAGAGUGCUGGUGCAAGUCCUCCUCAAUCAAGUGGCAGUAAGCACCUGCACAUAAACAUUGGGAAUCAAUUCAGAGCUGGGGGUUCGUUGCCCAACGUUAACAACAACAUUGAAAAUCGAGAUACUGCUAAAGAUCCUUCUCCAAACUCCGCUGCUAUUCACUCUAUCGACCUCAAGACUGCGCUGAAUAACUUGGAGGAGAUGCAGCACAAUCCCAUGAUGUAUCGUGGCACAGAACGUGGUAGGAGUCUGGGAGUAGGUCCCAUGAGAUCACGACCCAUGGAAAAAAGGUACGACACCUCGCCGUACAGUGGUACAUAUUUAUCGCCACCACCUGACACCUGGCGAAGAACAAAUUCCGAUUCAGCGCUGCACCAGAGUGCCAACGAAGCUUGCCAAUCUAACUCGACGAUUCCUCAUCGACGAGGUAGCGAUACAUAUCAACAUGGAAUGGGCAAUACGACGAAUGACAACAGAGAUGGACAUCAUGGGUUUAUUGAGAGACCAAGAUCUUCCUGCGAGAUGCCGAGAGUGCCAGGCAUCCAUAUAUAUCCGAGUUCACAACCACCAGGACCACAAACGCCUAUUGGUAAUAAUACAGGAUCUCUACCAGAUCUUAGUAAUGUUCACUUUCCGUCGCCUCUUCAUACGCCGUUGGACCACGAGGAUCACUCGAGUAGUACACAGUACAGUAAUAGUCCUCAAACGGGCAGUCCUACAACCCUGUCGCCAACCAGCUUGGUGCAAGCUGGAAGGCUAUCCUUUUCACAGGAUCACAGUCCACCAGGCGCCCAAAACCAUUUAUCAGUGCCUGUUAACUCUAGAUUUCUCCAUACACUGAAGCAUGGCGUGACGUUGGAAAAUAGUACAAAUAAUUCGCAACAGGAUUUACGCUCGUACGGACAACAAACUGCUCAGCAACCACCCUCUACAUCUCACAGUCCUGGUCACCACUAUAUUUAUCAACAGCCGCACAGUCCUGUGCCGCCGCAAAGUCCUAAUGGAUCACAGUCCCACCAACUAAAUUCCUUAGGAUCGUAUCGCACUAAUCAACCAGUAAAUCGACCGUCUCCUCAAUCGUCGCCCGGUAUAACCCUUCAGGGUAGUCCUCUAAGCUACAGCAAUAAUCCCUCAGCACCACCAAGUCCUACAGGUCAUCCGGGAUCAACGAGUCUCACCUCCGAUAGUCUAGAUCAAAAUAGUUAUUUCCUGACUCAGGUCCAAGCUGCGGCGCUUCAGCAGACCUUUGAACAAUUCAACAUGACGGAUUCGUCGUUGGAUCCAAAUUCCAUUGGUUCAUACAUCGGGUCUUCAAACGACACCUCUGGUUUUACUCAUAAUGACAUGAUUAAUGUCGGUGGUGAGUUGGGUAGCAACGACACGAGCUACUACAGCACGAGUCCUCAGAUGGCGUAUCAACCACGGACGCCUACGACGACGCAACAACUAACGCCUCAAACGCCAAAUACACCUACAAUUAUAUUGACCGAUUUCUCGGGCACUGAUGACUUAACGAAGGAUCUCGGGUCAUCGAUAUCCAGUGACUUUGAUCCAGACCUGUUUGCCUCGGAUGAAGCUCUGAGACAGGGCUUAGGACCGAUCGACCUGGACGGCUUGCAGAUGCUCACUGAUCCUGACACGGUGAUAUCUGACGCAAAUGCCGAAGAUCACUUUAGAUUAGAUUGUCUCUAAAACUAUAAGAUUUAUUAUUAAUGAGAGAUUUUAUUGUAAUGACCGUAGCAGGCGUGAGAGAGUGAAAAAUAUUACUUAAUAUUUAAUAAUCGAGACAGAGACCCAAUCGACUGCGGAUUAAGUGUUCGACGUUAUUUAGGAUUAAUGUAACUCUUCUGAUGUCUUAGAUAAUUAAGACACAUUGACAUGCACGAUUUUAAAUUAUGAUAAUAAUAAUAAUAAUUAUGACGAUCAUGUUUAAAAAUAUAUUUGAAAAAGUUAUGAAAGUGAAAUAAACCCCGGACGUUACUUAAGUGUUGAGCUUCCAACGAGCCGCUUUUAUUUUUUACAUCUCAAGAUUACUCUCAACUACUUCUCGUUCUCGUUUUUUUUUUUUUAAUUAUUAUUAUUAUUAUUAUUAUUAUAAUUAUUAUUACCGCCACAAUUUAUAUCCACACUCUUUUGAAAUAUAUAUUAAUCUCUGUCUCUGCAAGCUCAUUCUCUAUUUCGUAAAAAUACAGCCGGUAGUUGGAAGCUACACCAAGUAGUCAUCGCAUGUCGACUGUGUCAUUCGUGAUAAAACAAAAAUUAAUUUAAAAAAAAAAAUAAUAAUAAUAAAAUACAAUUAUACAUAUAAAUAUACAAAAAAAAUAACUAAUUAUGCGUCGUCGUUUUUUGAAGACUAUGAUUAAAAAAAAAAAAAAAUAAUACGGAAAAUUUAUCAACCUGUUUUUAUCUUUAUUUUUUACUAUUUUGUAUAUUGUAUCAUACAUAUAUAUGAUCUCUGAAAAGCACAAAAAACAGAAAGCAAGGACAAACAAUAACAAAAACUAAUAAUAAUUAUAAUAAAUAUAUAGAGAGUGAUGUGUUAAUUAUUUGUAUACAUGCUUUAAUUUUUACGCGGAUAUAUAUUAAAUGUAUAUCUCAGUGAUUGAGCCCUAUAUCGUGUAAUAGAGAGUAGGUAGAAGUAUAUAGAAAUUUCACGAAGGUUCAACUAGAAGAGACUCGGUUGUAUAUCGUAAUGACUCGUCUAGGGACUUGUUAUAAUGUAUAAUAAUAAUAGAUUAUAAUAUAUGUUAACGGAACUGAUGUUGGAACGACAGAGUAUAGGGUUAUUCAACGACAAAUCAACAUCAUCGUUUUAAUAGUCAAUAAAUUUAAAUUAUUUAAAUUCAUUUUUUUAUAUCACUCUGCUGAUUGCAAUUUUUUUUUUUAUUUGUUACCGCAUUAAUUAUUAUAAAUUAAAAUACAUUUAAUUUGAAUUCAUGUCCAGAUCAAUUUAAUAAGAUGACGAAUUCAUAGAAAAGUGGACAGUAAAUUCAAAUUUAGAAUUUAAUUUUGAUUAUAAACUGGACGUUUUGUCCCUUUAUUGGGACUUCUUCAGCAACUAAAACAAGUUGUCAUAAAUAUUUUUUUUUCGAAUUAUGACGUAUGGUAAAAGACCUAGUACCUGAUCAAGGAACUAGUACCCGAUCUAGGAACUAGGUCUUUUACUUUACACGGAGAAAUUAUUCCUGUUAGCAGCUGCUGCUGCCCUGUUAUGACAAAAGGACGUAUCUCGAGAUACGCUGUUUUGUCGUAACAAAGCUAAAAAGUUUUAUUUAGUGUCACUUAAUAAUAGGGUAUCAUCAAAAUUUUACUAAUUUAAUUAAUUAUGCCAAUAAUAUUGAUCAAAUGUGCGUAUAAAAGAAAUGAAAAAAAAAACGUAUCUUUUUUGCAUUGGAAAUUAAAUUCUUCGAGUUAAAGCAUUUUGUCAUAACAAUCUCAUCUAUUUAUCAAAAUAAGCAUUAGUACCUUACGAUACAAAAAAACGUAUCUCGAGUUACAACGUUUUGUCAUAACAGAAAUUAAUUUUUCUGUUAAAUUGCACUCAAAUUCUGUUAAAACUUUAAAUGCUAUUUUCUCGAAAUUGUAAUUUUUGAGAUACGUCGUUUUGUCAUAACAGGGCAACAUGAUGUCCACCUGACGGAAAUUUAAAUAAACGCUUAGAAAAAUUACUAUGACCAUAGUAAAAUUUAAAAUGGUUACAGUAAUUUGCUGUUAAUUUCUUUUACUAUGGCCGUAAUAAUUUUUGUAUGCUUAUUUAAAUUUUUAUCAGGUGACCAACAUGGCCUGGAUUUACUAUGGCACCAUACCAUUACAAACAGGAACAAUUUAUCCGUGUAAAGUAAAAGACCUAGUUCUCUGAUCGGGUCUUAGGUAUUUUAUCUUACACGGAAAAAAAUGAACUAUAUAAAUUGAGAAUUACAAGUAAUAUAAUGAUAAAGUGAUCAGUAAAUACCAUCAUUCUAAAUAGUAAUUUUUUCGUUUAUGAUUCAAACGUGAAUAAUUACAGGAUAAGUAUGAAAAUUUAUUGUCUAUGUAAGAAAAAUUAUUAUUUGAACUUUAAAAAUCGUAACUGAUACUUAAAAAAUAGACGACACGUAUUAUAAAAUUUACUAUUUGAAUGUUAAAAUUUCCCAUAUUGACAACCGGGUUCCGGGUUAUAAUUUCAAAUAGUAAUUUUUUUUCCGUGUACGUCAUAAUUUGAAAAAUAGUAAAUAUUAAUAAUAAAAAUUUAUUUUAGUUACUAAAGUCCCAAUAAAGGGACGAAAAGUCGAACUUAUGGUCAAAGAAAUUCUAAAUUUGAAUUUACUGUCCACCUCCUUAUGAAUUUAUCAUGUCAUAAAUUAAAAUAAUAAUUACAACUUUGAAAAAUAUUAUUGGAUGGAUACGAUUAUAAUCGAAAACACCUUCAUUACACUGUGAUAUACUUCUUGUUGUUGUCUGCAUAUCAUUUUAAACCGUUAAACGCUUUCGCGUUUCAAUAAUAAAAAAAAACUAAUAAUAACAACAAUAAUAUUAAUAAUAAUAAUUAUAAUAUCGAAGCUAAUAUUUAAAUAAAUCAUAAUUACAAGGCUAAAAAUUAUGUGUCAAUUGGUAAUAAAUUAAUAUUUGUUAAAAAAAAAUAUUUAUAAAUUUUAUAAGAGAGUCGCGCAAAUUAUAAAGAUAGAUGUUUUGUAAAUUUAAAUAGAUAUUAUAUUUGUAUUUUAUUGUUUAUUUACAGCAGAUUUAUUAUUCAAAAGAGAGAUCUAUGAUAUAUAAAGAGAUCUGAUAAAAAGAUUGUACUUAUUGAUACGUCGUUUUAAAUUUAAAUGUUAAAUCUCAUACGUUUGUUCUAUGGAAGAGUCUUAUGGUAAUAAUAUAUAAAAUAUUAAUAAAUAAAUUAAGUAAUUAAAUAAUAAAAUAAUAAAUAAAUAGUUGAAUUAUAAAUAAAAAUAAUAGAUUAAAAAUUUAUAACAGAUAAAAUAAAUUAAAGGCACGUAGAUGCUCUCGCCUGUACCCUCCGUAAUUGUCAAUUCUUUUUUGAAAGUAAUAUGCUGUACUUUAUAUACACAGAUAGUUAAUCAAAACGUUAAGAUACAUCAUUCAAAUAAAUAUUUUAAAUUAUAUUAUUAACGAUAAUUAUUAACAGAGUAAUUAACAAGUGUAAGAUAAAUUUUAAAUUUAUGUUUAUUACUAAUAAUUUUAUUUUAUAUAAAUUAUAUGAGAGAUUUAUGCGUGACAAUUUUAUCCUCGAAAUUUUGAAAAAUAUUCAAUUUAUAAUGGCCCGUUUAUAAAAUAUGUUCGCGCUUAUGGGGGAGAAGGGGUCGCGGGUCUAAGAAAAUUUGACGUUCGCAGAUCAAAAAAUGUUGAAAAUUUUUCUCUCGGUUUUCAAAUUUAUUUUCUUGUUACGAUAAAAUCUCAUUUCAUAUUUUUGGACAUAAAUAUUUCUAUUUAUAUAAUUUCGUCAUUAUGGGAGGGGGGUUUAUUUGUAACGCAAUUUUGAUAGGGGGGUCGCAGAAAUUGUGACGGGGGUGAAAUUUUGCGUGACAUUUUAUAAACGGCCACUAAAUUACCAUUUUUUUUUUUUUUUAAGCAAACAAUAGGAUAGAGGUACCGUUUUUGGCCACUUGGAAAAUUUUAAUAAAAUAAUUUGUAAUGUACGCAGUGACAUAAUUAAUUUUUUUUAAUUCAUUCAAAGACAUUUUAAUUACUACGUUAGAAUAAAAAUUUUUUUAUUAAUUAAAAUGGAUUAUUAAAUGUCCAAAAAUGGAGCAGUGGCCAAAAAUGAUCUUCUACCCUAAUUAAAAUAAUAAAUGAGAGCAUCUUUAGUUGCCCAUUGAAUUAGUGGAAAAUUACGUUCAUUCAAUAGUUCUUCUCAUUGAUAAAAAAACAAA